AUGUCCGCAUCUAUUGUCAAGCGCCUGAUGCGCUGGUCGUCUUGUGAUGUUGCCGAUGGCCUCAGCCGCCUCAAGCACGUCCACGGCGGCUUCCUCGAUGGUCUCGUAAUGCACUCGCCGGAAUUCCAGGCCGGGAGCACUAAGAUUGUCGGCCCGGCUUUUACGGUCAAGUUUGUGCCUAAGGGCGAUACGGAGGCGCCGUCCGUGCAGGGGAACUAUAUCGACCAGACCCCAAAAGGCGCAGUGGUCUUCCUCUCACAGCCACUCCCGCACGUCAACGCCGUGUACGGGGGCCUGAUGUCGCUGCGGGCGCAGCACAGCGGCGCAGCGGGAGUGGUAGUGGACGGGCGCGUGCGAGACCUGCAAGAGCAUCGCGAUCUGGGAUUUCCGGUCUUCGCGCGCUCAGUCGGCACAACAGCGGGCGGGGCCGUGUGCCGACCUUCCUUGAUCGGAGAGCCAGUGCGCCUGAACUCUGGAGACCAGGAGGCGUGGGUGCGGCAAGGCGAUUACGUGGUUGCGGACCUGAAUGGCGUGGUGGUCGUGCCGGCGGAUGUGGUCGAGAAGGUGUUGGAUCUGAUUCCGGGAAUUGUGGAAGCGGAUGAGAAGUGUGUGGAGGGGAUUAAGGCGGGGAGGACGGUGCAGGAUGUUUUCAAGGAGUUUAGAGGGCGGUAGGUGGUGUUUGGGCGUGAAAGGGAAUGGGUAGGUGGUGUGGAUAGGUUGUCCGGGUCGCUUUGUGGUGUUGGUGAUCGGUAGUUGGCAAAACGUAUUCCAAAUGAAGGAGAGCUUCCGAACGAAGGUUGCUAUAGCUGAACCAAGGGAAAAUUAGGAGAUUAAGAUAAG